AUGGCAACAUUUAAUAGUGUGAAUAGUUAUCUCUUUGCAAACCCAUUAUGUCCAAAAUCUAUUUUUUGGACAAAUUUAAUACUUCUGGGUUUCAAUCCUUCGGUUCAUGCAACCGGCUCAUACUCAACCAUAGAUUUUAAUAAAGACAUGUUCGCGAAAGGACAAAGCUCUGUGAAAGCUAUGGAACUAAUAGUUUGGUUUUUAUUUAAUGAUUUGGACAGUACAUUGACAAAGGAUAGAUUCUUUGACUGUUGGCCAGUUCUUACUCCUGCACAUUCAGCAAAAUUUCGCAACAUCGCUUACAAGUGGUUGGAACAAUUGAAAAAGGAAGGGUGUUUAGGGUACACGGAUAUCAUAUUAAGACGAAGUGCGUUUGAUGAGUGUCAAGGUGAAAGGUUCGAACGCGUUAUAAUGGCAUUUUCGAAUUAUGUUGUCAAAAUAUCUCUUGAUAGAGAAUAUCAAAAUUAUUGCCAAGUUUCUCCGAUUAAUUUUAAGAUUUUAAAAGAAUCAUCAGCGGAUUUACUUAAAGUAAUAUUAAAGAUUCAUAUAAAAAUACAAACGGAUAAAUUUGUGAUUGGAACACGAGAACGAUUAGCUUGCCAUGAACAUUGGAAAGAUUUAGCUAAUAAUUUAUCUGAACGUUUACGUAAUGUCACGGAAAAAAACAAUCAAUUGGAGCGAGAAAUAUCUGGAUUUUAUAAAGGAAAAUACUUGUUUGAAACAUUUGAUAAUUUAUCAAUAGAACAACUUUCUUCAAUAAGAUCUCAGAAACUAGAGAGUGCCCGUUCAGCAUGGAAUUCAUGCUUAUAUUGGAUUAGGGAUAACCAAAAAUUUACUGAUGGACAAGAAUUAUUAUUGGAAGUUCCCGAAAUUAUGAUAACUAUGUGGGAAAAAGCUUUUCAAAAAGAACAAAUCAAUCCUUUUCAGGGAGGAAAAAAAGAUCUUAGAUCUUUAUUAAAAUUAUGGAAAUUUUCUCUACAAACUUUAAGUAAUCAAUUUUUUAAACCAUCAGCGAUUAAAAAUCAAGAGUUAAGUGCCAAUAAAUAUGAUAAGUUCAAAAAUGGGAAUCUAUCUUGUACUUUAAAUAAACUUGAAGAAUAUCUGCCAGAACAACAGGAACAGAUUAGAAGUCUUUAUUCACUUAAAAAUUUAUUGCGUACUCGUUUAAGUGGAAUAAAUGAAUCGAUUAAGUCAUUACAUGAAGUUGAGGAUCUUG